CGCGCUCGGUAAAACUAGGAACUUGGAGGGUGCCCUUGCCAGGCCCCAUGGCGCCGCCAAAGUUGCCGGCCAUCCAUGGCAGGCUGGGCAUGGAGAAGUCGGCCUCCAUGCCCCGCAUCGAGGCUCCACACCCGCUCACGGUGCCCAGUUUCAGACGGCCAGACGUCUCGGGCCAGCUCCAGGAGAUCGGACAACUUUCUAGCAAGAUUGUCGGCCCUGGCGGCAUGAGCAAGAAAAUGCGGGCACUAGCAACAUCCGCCAGUACGCCGGAUUUGCGAGGAGGCAUGAAGGCAAGCGAGCUAGCGAGGCCUGAGCCACUAGCUCAGCCAGAGCUGAGCAGCCCUGCGCGUACAGGAGGUGCCUAUCCUCCGAAGGCGCCUGCUCAGCCUGCAGCUGAAGCUCCUAAAGAGGAGAAGUUGGAGUACUUGAAGCCGGCUGAGACUGCGCACUACAACUUCAGAAAUCUUCCUCUCGAGAUCUUUGAUCACGCUCCAGACUUCGAGGUGAAAACGCCUCAAGAAUGGAUGGAGGAGGUGCUGAGGGACGAUAGGCGGCCACAGGCUUGCGUAGUGCAUUACAAGAACAAAAAAUGGACCAUGGUCCGCUGCUGGGUCCUGCGGUACGAAGAAGCCAUCAACAGAUAUAUUGUCGAGAUGGAAGACGCAAGCCAAAAGAAGGUGAAAAGACUCUCCUUGCGGUUCAACGCGGAGGAUCCCCAGAACUUUGAGAAACGCGUGGAGACUUGUAGAGCUCGGAAGGCGCAUUGUGAACUGCAAGAAGCCUUCAUCGACUACAUCGAGCACAAAGAUGACCAGGUGGUCACCCCGAUGCCUCGCUCGGUGAAGGAGUUCUUCAUCCGAGCAUGCUUGGAGCGAUGUAGCUUGGAGGAGCCCAAUAGCCAUGGGAGCACCAUCCGGGAGCUGAUGCAAGAGGUUGAGGAGAACUACAUCCUCUCCAUGAAGCUGUUCAAUGUGAAGGUGGAGCUGAUCCCGCUGUUUGGCACAAAGGACGCCUAUCUUCCGGAUGAGUCCAACGAAUUUUCGAUGCAGUUUGCAUCCGUCAUGGGCAGCUUCUUGCCCUUGCCUUGCCCGGAAUCGGGGCUGGUGGAGCAUGCAAAAGCCGAGAUGGGCGUCAGAGAGCUUCUCAAAGAGAUGUUGCAGAUGCCACUUCUGGGCUCCAGCAUUUUCGCCAUCACCAGCCAGGUCUGGCGGCGGUACAUCAACGAGGUGGCCAAGAUGGAGCUGGUCGACACCUCCCGUGUGGGUGGCGUGGACGUGACGCGGCAGCGGAAGCUCAUCAAGAACGGCGACUCGGUGAUUUUCGAGCCCCAGGACAUGUUCGAGCAUCAGAAGAACCAUAUCGAAAGAAUCACCACCCACUUGAAGCGUGGCUGGCGCGACUACAUCAUUGCAGAGGUGCUAGAUAAGCUCUCAGACGACUACAACUUUUUCAGCGACGACUUCGAGAAGCACAUGCAAAGUCCGCUGCAUGCGCUACUUCGAAAGUUAGACUUGAUCAUCAAUUCUCAACUUCGGUGGUUCGUGGAAGAUUCCAUGGAAUCCUGGAGCAACUUCUUGAAGUCCUUCCUGCCAGAUCCAAAGAAGAAGCGGCCCCAUCCGCUGAUAUAUUUGGACCUUGAGGCGGACAACGACGAGAUCUACUUGGAGCCAGAGCCUACGGACUUCCUGAAUGAGUUCGACAGCAUGCUGAAGGAGGCAGUGCGUAGUACUAGCAUUGUCAAGACCAUGGAGGCAGAGCUCAUGCCCUUCACGAAUGUGGAAGAGAAGGUGCUCUUCACCCCGGAGCUAAGUCCCGAUGGCGAGGACGUGGACUACGGUCCGCUGGCCAUGGCGUGUGUCACCACGCAGCAGGUGGUGGACGUAUGCACUCGGGGGCCACAGCAGAUCUUGAAUCAGUUCCGGAAGUAUUCCUACUUGCUGAAGGAAAAGGUGGAAGAUCUGGACCCCACUGACAUUGAUGGGUGCAGAGAACGCAUUCAAGCCUACAGACAAGCAAAGUACGAAGUGCAAGUGCUGUCCGAGAGCCUUGUGGACUUCCCUCUCUUUCGGCUUCGAUGCUCUUCGAUGACCAAUUUGUUGGCUGAAAAGGCGGAGAAGCUGGCCCAGGAGUGCCUUCGCCAAUGCAGCCAGUGCAUCGAAGAAAGAGCGGAUGAGAUCCUCAACGAAUGGGACUCCACCCACAAGCGGAUUCUUUCAAGCCCUGAGUCGGAGAAAGACAUGGCCGACUUGAGGGAGUUCAUGGAGGUGGUGCAGAAAAAGGUGGUGAAACCCUUGAUGGAACGCACGCGGGUGGUGCAUCAGCAAAUGAACAUGGUCGAAGAUUUCAAUCACGAUAUUGGGGGGCGAAGUCGUGGAGAAAGCCUUUCGCUCGUUUGAGUGGCCCUUCCAGAUCAACAUGGAUGUCAUGGAGGCAGACCGACAGCUCAACAAGGACAAGAUUGCUUUCAUGGAACAGCUGACGCGUGAAGUGGAAGAAUAUCAGGUGGACUUCCAGAAAUACCAAGCAGAGUUGGAAUGGGUGAAGAGUUUGGAGUCCUAUGCCGUGGCUGGGCAAGUGGCGCAACGCGUUCAGACCCUCCAGGACAACCUCGUACGUGCGACUGAUCGCGUCAAGUCCUUCUCUGAC